AUGAAGCUCUCUCUGUGUUUGAUCUCAGCCCUUCUCAUCUCUUCCAUGCUUCUUGUUGCCACUGCCACAGAGAUGGAUCCCUUGGCCGAUGCGCCAAAAACCUGUAAGACAUUGAGCAGUCACUUCAAAGGGAUAUGCUGGAACUCAAACAGCUGUGCUAUCCUCUGCCAUGAUAUUGAGCAAUUCGAAGGCGGUCACUGCGAAGGAAUCAUCCGUCAAUGUUACUGCACCAAAACAUGUUGA